GACGACAAAACACAGCAAAAUCGAAAGAAUACGACUGUUUUUCCUUUUUUUUGAAUCUAAUUAACGCUAAUUAUACUGAUUUUCAAGGGCUGGCAUUUACGCUGCUCGAACGGCCGAGCUAUCAUUGGACGGUUACUGUACGAAACCCGAAAAUAUAAUGCGAUAAUGAUAUUCUGCGAUGGAGAAUAGCAGGGAGACAGAGAGAGAGAGAGAGAAGAAAUGGGGUGAAGAAGGUGAUUGGUUUGUGGGGUUUUUUCUUAUGACCCAUUUUGUUGCCUUGGUUCUUAUGCUUUUCAUUUGAUCGAAGCGUUUGAUUAGAGGAAAUCGCUGUUUCGCCUCUUUUGUGGGAGACCCAUUUGCUUGAAACUUGAUUUUGUGUUCUUUCUGAGCUGUACUGCUUCUUGUAUGAUUGGGAACAAGCUGCUUUUUCAGCCGUUCUGGUGAUUUUUGGUCCCCUGAUUACAAAAGGGUGAACACAGUGACAAGGAGAUGGGAAGGCUCGUGGAGGAUUAGCUUGGUUUCUGGCCUGGAUCCGUUACCUUGAUUGUUGUUUUCUGGAGUUAUGGCGACGUUGUUGCAUUCGGAAUCUCGGCGCUUGUAUUCUUGGUGGUGGGAUAGCCAUAUCAGCCCCAAGAACUCAAAAUGGCUACAGGAGAAUCUUACAGAUAUGGAUGCCAAAGUAAAAGCAAUGAUCAAACUCAUUGAAGAAGAUGCAGACUCCUUUGCAAGAAGAGCAGAAAUGUACUACAAGAAACGUCCCGAGCUAAUGAAAUUAGUCGAGGAAUUUUACCGAGCUUACCGUGCUUUAGCCGAAAGAUAUGACCAUGCAACUGCAGAGCUUCGUCAUGCACAUAAAACCAUGGCUCAAGCUUUUGACAACCAAAUGCCUCCUUUUAUGUUCUCUGAUGAGUCAGCUUCAGGGUCUUCAAGUUCUGAAGCCGAAGUCCACACACCAGAAAUCCACCUCCCGAAUCGUGCACUGCUCGAUCGAGAUGACUCGCACAAGGAUUCGGCAUGUUCAUCAUCAACAAACCAACAUCCAUUAAGAACAAAAGGAGACAAUGAGCUAGAAAAUUUAGAGGUUAGUGAAGGAGGAAGCAUCAAACCACAACUAGUUUUUUCUGAAGGGGAAUUGGAUGACCAUAGGUUGCAAAACGUAUCCUCUCAGUUAUCAAGUAAAGCUUAUGAUCUCGAAUCGCAUGAGCUGGUUGAGUCGGGAAGUGACGAGAAAUUGGACGUCGAACUUCAAAACUUAAGAAAGAGACUCAAUCAGAUGGAAGCUGAAAAGGAAACUUUCUUUCUUAAAUACCAGAAUUCUUUGGAAAAGUUAUCUAGCUUAGAGAAAGAACUUAGUUCUGCUCAGAAAGAUGCCGGUCGACUAGACGAACGAGCGAGCAAAGCCGAAAUCGAAAUAAAAAUAUUGAAGGAAGCCCUUAUAGAUCUGAAAGCAGAGAAGAAUGCUGGUCUUCUACAAUAUAAUCAAUGUUUGCAAAAGAUAUCUAGCCUAGAAAAGCGAUUAUUUGUAGCCCAACAAGAUGCUGAAGCACAUAAUGAGAGAGUUGCCAAGGCAGAAAUUGAGGCGCAGAACUUUGAGCAACAGCUUUCCAGAUUAGCAGCUGAAAAGGAGGCCAGUCUUCUUCAGUAUGAACAAUGCCUAAAGAAGAUAUCUGCUUUGGAGAAGAAAAUCUCUCUUUCUGAAGAUUAUGCAAGAAUGCUUGAUGAACAAAUGAGUAGCUCAGAGACUGAAGUCAAAGCACUUAAGAGAGCUCUUAAUGAACUGAAUGAAGAGAAGGAAAUAGCAUCCCGCCAGUAUGAGCAGUGCUUGGAGAAGAUUGCGAAAAUGGAAGCUGUAAUAUCUUGUGCUCAAGACGACGCAAAACGUCUGAAAGGUGAGCUUAUGAUGGCUAAAGCAAAACUCGAGACAACCGAAGAAAGGUGUGCUCGUUUUGAGCAAUCAAACCAUUCACUGCAGUUUGAUGCAGACAAACUUGUGCAGAAGAUUGCUAUUAAGGAUCAAGAGCUUGCAGAAAAGCUAGAUGAGUUGAAGAAAGUUCAGAGUCUAAUGAACGACGAGCAGUCGCGAUUCGUACAAGUUGAAAACACUCUCCACACUCUGCAGAAUUUGCAUUGUCAAUCUCAGGAGGAGCAGAGAGCUCUGACUUUGGAGCUAAAAAAUGGUCUCAUGAUGUUGAAGGAUUUGGAUAUAUGCAAACAUGGUAUGGAGGAAGAGCUUCAACGAGUUAAGGACGAAAACAAAAUGCUGAAUGAACUACAUUUUUCUUCUGAUACUUCAAUGAAGAAUUUAGAGGACCAAUUAUCUAGCUUGAAGGAGAUGAAGGACAAACUUGAAGAAGUUGUUGCACAAAAAGAAGAUCAGAGCAACUUGCUUGAGAAAGAGAUCCUUCAUUUGAGAGAAGAAAUUAAGGGCUUAAGCGGAAGAUACCACGGCAUAACGAGACAAUUGGAGGCAGUAGGAUUGGAUCCCGACUCGCUUGAAUCGUCAGUGAGGGAAUUUCAGGAGGAGAAUGCCAAGCUGAGGGGGACAUGUGAAAAGGACAGGAACAAGAUGGAAGCACUUCAUGAGAAGCUCAGUUAUAUGGAUGAACUUUCAAAGGAAAAUUCCAUUCUCAAGGUAUCUCUAGCUGAGCUGAAUGCUGAAUUGGAGAAAGCCAAGGAAUCCCAGGAAGAAAAAAGUGCUGUUGUUGAAGAGAAAUCUUCGUUGCUUUCACAGUUGCAGAAUGUAACUGAGAAUAUUUUGAAACUUUUAGAGAGGAACACAUUGCUAGAAGACUCCCUAUCCGGUGCAAACAAAGAGCUUGAAGGUUUAAGAGCAAAAUCAAAGGGCUUAGAAGAAUUCUGCCAGUUAUUGAAGGAUGAGAAGUCAAAUCUUCUGAAUGAACGAGGGGUGUUGGUGGGUCGACUCGAAAACAUCGAACCGAGACUAGGAAAUCUCGAAAAGAGGUUUACAAAUCUUGAAGAGAAGUAUUCUGAUCUUGAAAAUGACAAAGACUCUGCCUUAUAUCAAAUAGAAGAAUUGAGAUUUUCCCUUCUCAUGGAAGAACAAGAGCAUACAACUUACAAACAAUCGACCGAGGCGAGACUUGCCGGUUUGGAAGACGAUGUCCAUGCCCUGCGAGAAGAAAGUAGAGUAGGCAAGGAAGAAAUUGAGGAACUACUAGAUAAUGCUGUAAACGCCCAGGUCGAGAUCUAUAUCUUGCAGAGGUUUGUUGAGGAUAUGGAAAAGAAAAAUAUUUCUUUACUCAUUGAAUGUGAACAAUAUGAAGAGGCAUCCAAGUUAUCAGAUAAACUUAUUGCUGAUUUGGAAGGCGAAAAUCUCGAGCAACAAGUCGAAGUAGAGUUUAUGUACAACGAGAUCGAUAAACUAAGAGCUGGAAUCCGAAAGGUAUUAAUGGCUCUUCGAAUUGAUCAAGAUUAUGUGCAGGGAAAUAUGAAAGAAGAGAGAAUCCUGAUAGUGGAUAUCUUGACCAGAAUUGAGGACUUGAAAGCUUCUGUGUUCAAAAACAAGGACAAGAAGCAGCAACUGCUAGUUCAGAACUCAGUUUUAUUAACUCUUCUCAAGCAACUGAGUUUAGAGAGUGAAGAACUUCUAUUAGAGAAAGAUAACAUUAUGCAGGAGUUAAAGAUCAUGAAGGGGCAGCUAGCAAUGCAUGAAAACGACAAGCACGAGCUUCUGAAGUCGAAAAACGAGUUGAUGAAGCAAGUUAGCCAGUGGGAGCAACAUGAGGUACUGCUGAAGGCCGAGAUCGAAACUCUAAAUGAGAAGCUAGUAAAUCUUCAAGGGACUUGCCUUAUGCUGGAAAAGGAAAAUCAUAAUGUUGCUGAAGAAAAGAAAUCUUUGCUCAAGAAAUUUUUGGACCUUGAAGAAGACAAGAACAUUAUUCAACAAGAACAGCACGAUUUAAUCGUUCGGGAAGUGAUUGCGUUCAAUAUCCUAUCAUCAAUUUUUGAAAGCUUCAAAACCGAGAAAUUCAUGGAAACGGAAAAGCUCGUUCAAGAUAUUUGUCGUCUCCAAGUGGUGAAUUCUGAUACAAAGGAAGAAGUUGGAAAGUUAGCAGAGAAAUUUCAGGUGAAGGAAGUGGAAAAUUUGCAUUUAAAUGGUUCAGUAGAGAAAUUGGCUAAGGAGCUUCAUGAAGCAAAGGACAUGAACGAUCAACUUAGCUAUCAAAUUUUACUUGGAAGUGAUGUUCUGAGGGUGACAGCCCAAGAGCUUUCUGAAACAGAAGAGAAGCUUAAAAAUUCACAUCUUGAACUGUCUGAAAAGUGCUCAAACCAGGAGAAUGAGAUUCAAAGCCUUUGUGAACUGAACGGAAACUUAAAAUACGAAGUCAAUUUAUUGCACGACGAGAUCGAGAAAUGCAAAGUUAAAGAGGAAUGUCUGAAUUCAGAACUACAGGAGAAAAGAGAUGAAUUUGAGCUCUGGGAAGCAGAGGCCACGACGUUUUACUUCGAUCUUCAAAUCUCAUUGAUCCGGGAGGUCUUAUACGAACAUACAGUUCAUGAACUUGCACAGGCUUGUGAAACUGCUGGGGAUGAGAAUGCUGCAAAAACUACAGAGAUUGAACAACUCAGAGAAAGAGUAGGAUCCCUGGAAACUGAAAUUGGAGAGAUGGAAGCACAUAUGUCUGCUUAUAAGCCUGCCAUAGCUUCUCUGAGACAUGAUGUAGAAUCACUCAAGCAUAUUGUUCUUCCUCAAACUAGGGAUAUCUGUAAGGGUUCUGUAGGAGAAGAGGAGGAGGAAACCAAGAUUCAUGUUCAUCACAGUAGCUGUUAUGUCCACAAAGAUGAGAUAUUGGAUUUGCAGAAGAUUGGGGCCGUGAUAAAGGCAGUCGAGAUGGCUGUGAUCGAAGAAAAGGAAAAACUGAACAAAGAAGCUGCUGAAAAACGUGUCAAAAACUCGAAAUCGGAAGGGAACUCGGUUCAUAAAGCAACGAGUAAGGAAGGAAAAGGUUUGAGGGAUGGAAUUAGUGAUAAAGUAAAGGCAAGAAAGAACAAACCUGAGAAUGGAAUAUUGAUGAAAGAUAUUCCAUUGGAUCAUGUAUCAGAUAGUGCAUUCCAGAGAAGAAGCAAAAGGGAAUGUAGUGAGACCAGUGAUCAAAUGCUGAAGUUGUGGGAAACUGAUGAACGAGAAUGCGAGCAGAGUUUGAUUGAUAGCGUGCCACAAAGCCCGUCGGACGGGCAAGUCGAGUGCCCACAGUCAGAAAUUGUAGAACAUAAAAGUCCAGAUUGUUCUUCAGAGCUGCAAGUAGAGAAGGAGUUGAGCGUUGAUAGAUUGGAGCUAUCGCCUAGCAUUAGAGAACGAAUUCGACGAGGUCGAAAAGGAAAGGUUUUGGAGAGACUUGAUUCAGAUGUUGUUCAGUUGACAGGUCUUCUAACAAGCGUUCAGGAUUUGAAAAAGAGAAUGGAGGUGAACACGGUGGAUAUGGCUAGAAACAAUGAAUACGACACGGUCGAGAAACAUUUAAAAGAAGUCGAGGAAGCGAUCUUCCAGCAAGUAAAUCUAAAUGGUCAACUGAAGCAGAGUUUGGAACGCAGUCCAUCGUGUUUCGAGCGAAGGUCAUCGGUAGAAAGCGAGGCAACUGGAAACAUGCCCCUAAACAAACUAACAGAGCAGGCACAAAGAGGAUCAGAGAAGAUAGGAAAACUACAGUUUGAAGUACAGAACAUUCAGCGUGUUAUUAUGAAACUCGAAUCCGAGAAAACGAGAAAAGGGAAGAACAGAUUCUCGAAGAGCAAACCGGGUGUUAUUCUGAGAGAUUUCAUCUACAGAAGCGGAAAAUGCAGCAGCGAAAGACGGAAGAAGGCGUGUGCUUGUGGAUGUACAAAACCUUCUACUCAUGGAGACUGAGUGUUGUAAUGCUGAAGAACAGCAUAAUGUUAUAGAGGCAGCAGAGAUAGAUAUUAUCCCCUUGCAAGUUGUAUGUAUAAUUGUAGUUGGGUGUUCUGUAGAUCAUCUCUGGAUCUUUUUUUUUUUCUUUUGAAAAAAAUGCUCCCCUUUUGAUCUUAUGAUGAACUAUAAUAUAGACAGAUUGAUGUAGUGAUAUAACCUCCUUUCUAAAACUUA